AUGGGAUCUCAAUGUUGUUCUGCUCCCUAAAACCAAUAAACCAUCGAAUUGAUCAUAGAUGUCAAAGGAAGUUUUCACUCUUAAACACUAAAAAACCUUAAUAGCAAUUAAAUCAUAGCGUAAAAUGGUAAUGAAGGGCUAAAAGACCAUGAGGAGAGUUUCGAACUGAUGGGAAUUAGUCCUAAACUUGUUUUGGGUGGAGAAGACAAAGGUCAAGAAAAAAGGAAAGCGUUAGUGCAGUAAGAUGAAAAAUCUUUAAAGAAGGGCGAAAAGAGGAAAGAGUCGGUGUCAUCGGUCGGAACUUUAAAACUUGGAGUGGAGGUUUUUGUGAAUCUCAAACAAGGGAACAUUCACAAAUAUUAUGUUACAGGAGAGGUUUUAGGGGAAGGAUCCUAUGGGAAGGUUUGGAAGGUGACUCAUAAGAACAGUGGAAUGGUGAGAGCAAUGAAACAGCUUAAGAAAAGCUCUUUGAUACUUGAAGAAUAAUAGAGACUUUUUGCAGAGGUGAAUAUACUAAGAAAUUUGGAUCAUCCUCACAUAGUCAAAUUAUAUGAGCUAUACUAAGAUGAGUAGAAUUACUAUUUGAUUACUGAAUAUUUGUCUGGAGGAGAGUUAUUUGACAGGAUAAAGAAGAUGAGUUACUUUAGUGAAAGAAAGGCUGCAUCUUUUAUGAGAGACAUAUUGUCUGCAGUUGUUUAUUGUCAUGAACAAAACAUAGUUCAUAGAGAUCUAAAACCAGAAAAUAUAUUAUUUGUUAAUGAAUCCAUAAAUUCGACAUUAAAAAUAAUUGAUUUUGGAACUUCUAGAAAGUAUUAUGCUGAUAAAAAAAUGACUAAAAAACUUGGAACUGCUUAUUACAUGGCUCCAGAAGUUAUGAGGAAAGAUUAUAACGAAAAAUGUGAUGUGUGGUCAUGUGGAGUAGUUUUGUAUAUUCUGUUGUGUGGUUAUCCUCCAUUCACUGGUGUAAACAAUAAACUCAUUAUGCAAAGAAUAAGUGAUGGUAAAAUCGUAUUUAAUGAUAAUGAUUGGGCCUUGAUUUCAAAGGAAGCUAAAACUCUAAUCUCCAAAAUGCUUUAAGUGGAUCCCAACUAAAGAAUCUCAGCCAAGUAAGCAUUAGCAGAUCCUUGGAUAGACAAGCAUAAUUCAAAUGAGCAAGUUAAUCUAGUUGUAUUAUAAAAUUUACAGCGAUUUUAAGCCGAAUCUUUGUUCACUCAAGCAGUUCUUUCCUAUAUUGCUAGUUAGAUGACAAGUAAUCAAGAACAAGAAGAAUUAAUCAAAGCAUUUCAAAUCUUAGACAAAGAUUAAAAUGGAAUUUUAUCCAAGGAUGAACUCAUUGAAGGUUAUUCACAAGUAUUAAAAGAUAGAGAGUUGGCUAUACAAGAGGUUAAUAAGAUAUUACAUAUUGUUGAUCUAAAUUAGAGUGGUUAAGUGGACUUUUCAGAAUUUUUGAUGGCUUCUAUGAAUUAGGAGAAACUUAUGUCUCUUGAAAAGGUGAAGGCGGCAUUCAAAAUGUUUGAUGCUAAUAAUGAUGGUAAAAUAUCAAAAGAAGAACUUGAAAUGAUGAUUGGCAACCUAGAGGACAAUCUAUGGCAACAAAUUCUAGUUGAAUGUAAUGCAGAAGAAGAAAUAACAGAGGAAGAAUUCAUAAAUAUUCUACUUAAUUAGAAGCUUUGA